UUGCUUGGGCAGCGACAGCUGGGGGCGGUGGCGGCGGAUGUGCGGAGGCCUCAGUCAGAUGUGUUAAAAGCAGAAGAUGAUUCUUUUUCUUAAUCAAAAGACAAAGGUGGUAAUCUUUUGAGUUUUACCUUCUUCUGGAUUAUUCAUCCUUUUCUUCUUCUUUGCUGUUGCUUAAUCAGCAUUGCUAUUUAAUGACGGCUGACAAGAUGCAAGAUGCUCGACACACCUACUAGUUACGUAACUUGUUCUAGUCAUGUUGUAAGCCUUAACUCUUGAUUGAAGGUAAAGGCUUAUAUGUCACCCAGAGGUUGGUUAGUUAUAUCUCUCUAUGUAAAAAGAGUAAACUUCAUGGUUAGGGGAGAGGAAUCACAGAAUCCUCUGUGUUGGAAGAGACCUCCGAGAUCACCUAGUCCAACCUCUGACCUAACACUAACAAGUCCUCCACUAAACCAUAUCGCUAAGCUCUACAUCUAAACGUCUUUUAAAGACCUCCAGGGACGGUGACUAAACCACUUCCUGAGCAGCCCAUUCCAAUAUCUAAAAACCCUUCUGGUAAAGAAAGAAAAAGGAAAAGGAAGAGAGACUGGAUUGUAUUUCUAAAAUGGAAAAUGUUGCAAAAAAUAAAAUUGAUCAUGAUUGAGUGUAAAACAAUGAAUCCCUAACAGAAGUGACUUCAUAGGUGAAGCAGGUGACCCACAGAGAAUAAUGCUGCCUUGCUGCAAAGUGAGCUUUCAGAAAAUGGAUUUUGAUUCCCCUGUGAUUUAGAAAAUAAAAUAAUCCAUUCAUUACAUUCAUGAAGUUCAACAAAGCCUAGUGCAAAGUCUUGCACCUAGGUCAGGGCAGUCCCAAGCACAAGCUGAGCAGAGAAUGGAUUGAGAGCAGCACUGAGGAGAAGGACCUGGGGGUGUUGAUGGAUUAAAAGCUCAACAUGAGCUGGCAAUGUGCGCCUGCAGCCCAGAAAGCCAACUGUAUCCUGGGCUGCAUCAAAAGCAGUGUGGCCAGCAGGGCGAGGGAGGUGAUUGUCCCCCUCUGCUCUGCUCUGCUCUCGUGAGACCCCACUUGAAGCCCUGUAUUCAGCUCUGGGGCCCCCAGCACAAGGACAAAGACAUAGAGGAGGGCCACAAGGCUGAUCAGAGGGCUGGAGCACCUCUCCUAUGAAGACAGGCUGAGGCAGUUGGGGUUGUUCAGCCUGAAGAAGAGAAGGUUCCCUGGAGACCUCGUUGAAGCCUUCUGGUACCCAAAGGGGGCCUAUAGUAAAGCUGGGGAAGGACUCUUUGUCAGGGAGUAGAGCGACAAGACAAGGGGUAAUGGCUUUAAACUAAACAAGAGUAGGUUUAGAUUAGGUAUUCGGAAGAAAUUUUUCACUCAGAGGAUGGUGAGACACUGGCAUACGCUGCCCAGAGAAGCUGUGGAUGCCCCAUCCUUGGAGGUGUUCAAGGCCAGGCUGGAUGGGGCUUUGGGCAACCUGGUCUGGUGGGAGGUGUCCUUGGAACUAGAUGGUCUUUAAGGUCCCUUCCAACCCAAACCGUUCUAUGUUAUGAUGCCUCUGAAUAGAAACAUCUUUUUUUUAUCCUCUUCUAUAGCUUAAUAAGCUGUAGAGGCUAAUAUAUCUGUUUAAUGUAUUUCAGCUUUUUUUUGUGGUCUUCUGUUAUGGAAUCAAGAUAAAAUACUUAUUACAUAUACUGGUAGUGUAAGUACAUCUCAGUUAUAAUUCCGUAGUGCAGCUAAUAAAGAAGAUUGAUGCAGAACUAAAGCAGAUAUUGAGGGAGGUGUGAAAACUGAAAACGAAACGAGUGAAAAGAAUGGAAAUGUAUAUCCCACAUAAAGUGACAAAAUGUUUAAAAUGCAGAGUGGCUUAGAGCAAGUGAGUUAAUAUUUUGUUUUUUUCUGCCUUGACAUCCCUCUCCAUAUAACAUUUAUGUAAGUUGAUCUUCGUUCGGUGAGAAUACAUACAUGUUUGUAGUUCUGGAGCCGGAAAACAUUUUAGCUCCAUAGCAGAGCUCCCUGGUAGAAGAGAAGGCAUCCAUGUUAAGCCACAGUUUUGAUAACACCAUGCUAUUUCAAAGAGCUAAUUCAGAAACUGCAUUAUGAGAGAUCAAAUGGAAUGUCAUUUCAAAACAAGAAAACAAACAGAAUUCAUCAUAUACAGACCAAGCUUGCUAAAUAAGGACAUGCAUAGCAAAGUCUUUUCAGCUUAUGCCACCCAUGUAGUUUUUGUUCAUCUGCUCUUUGGAGUUAAUGAACACGCAGUUUCUACUGUUUGUGUUUUCUGGAACACUGAGAGUGUCAAUCUGUUUGAAUGUUAUUUUAGGGACAGUUUUUGCAUCAGUGUCCUGUUAAGGAAACAAAUCAUGUUGUUCAGUGUAAAUAUACAAGGUAUUAUUUUGUUUUUUGUUUGAAUAUAUGGCUUGGUAGGAAGAAAAAAAAAAGUGGUACUGAAGUCCUCUUAAUGAUUUUAAGGUGUAUAUUACCUUACAUGUGUAUUUGUGUAUUUCAGGUAUUUGUAUUUCAACUGACUGUUGAAACAAACUGAAGCUGCUAAACCACCAGCUAAGCCAGUAUCUUCCUCUUAGCCAUGUUUAAGCUUUGAUCCUUUUUUGUACCAGGAUACCCUAAAAUGUCUGAAUGUUAAACUACUUGGUUGCUAGCAAACUCCUAUCAGUCUUCGCCCUGGGAAAUCUUUCCUCUGGCAUUCAGCACAGGUUCUUACUCAAGUCAGAGCUGCCAUUUUUCAUCUAGUCAAUUCUUCAGAACUGUGCUUCUUCAGAAGACAGGGAUCUAUUCCCUUCCUGGGGAAUGAAAAUUGCUUCAUGUUUGCAGAAGAAGGUUGCUGCAUUAAAACUUAUCUUGUUAUAUUUGUUCUGUUCUGGGUCUCAGCAAGAAGAAAAGGAGUCCAGGCAUGUUUUGCAUUCUUCUUCCUGUCUUCCCGAAUACAGCUUGCCUUCUCUCAUAUAUGAUCCAAGCCCAAUCAUUAAAAUGUCAGCUGUGCAUCUAAGUUGAUUCAUACUGGAGUUGUACCUUGGAGUGACAUUUUAAAGGGAUGAUAAAUUUAAAGGCUUUGUUGGAAAGGGACAACAGAAAGGAAAUAGUGAUAUCUUUCCGUUAUUAAACAUUGAUAACAAGUUAGAAGGAGUAUUAGGUUUAGCAGGAAAACCAAACCAAAACAAAACACAGAAAAUGUAGGUAAGUAGGCAAGACCAGUGGGGAUAGUAGUGGAGCCUGAGGUACUGAAUUAAAACACUAUUUUAAAGUGACAAAGCUACUGGCUUUGGCAGUCUGUUGUAUAUAUCAGUGCUGAUGUUCCUCAUUUCAGUAUCAGAUUAACUUGUUGCUUAUCUGUAAAAAUAAAAAAUUGUGGUUUUAACAGUUCUUUUAUUACACUAUUGAUAAUUUAAGUCAAUUGUGUGCACUUUAAAUAUGUUUUAAAUAGUUUGGGGUGUCGAUUAUUAUCAAAGUCCAUUUAUCCAAAGCAAAUAAGAUGCCCAGCUGUUUUUUGGCAGCUCCUCCAUGUAUGGGUAUCUCUUUGCUGGUGUUUAGAAUUCCAAGUGAGAGAGCGGAGAACCACGUUUUAUGAUUAGGUAUGUGCAUAAAUGAUCGUUAGUUUGUUUGCAAAGCAUUUCAAGAAACUUCCUGAUCCCUUUGUAAAUUGCUUUGUUUCUGUUUUCAGUUGCCUAAUUAAUCUACACAAAAUUAAGUUCCUUGAGAUUUACAUAAUAAUUAUGUUUCACAUUAACAGACAAUGCUUUAUGCGUGUAAAAUGACUCUGUGGAGUUACACACUAUUUCCUUAUUGAUACUUGUAUUGACAAUUCCACAGAAUAGUUGCUGACGUCUUCGUAUGACUAAGUGUCAGGUGUAUUUUUAAUAUUUAGUCUUUAAUGAAGCAUCAAUGAAAAUAUUCUUAGAAUAAUAAACAGGAGUCUUUAGAAUAUAUUAACAAUUCUGUUUUAUGGACAGUAAAUUGAUUUUUUUUAGUUUUCUGAGAGCUUGAACUAAAUUUUAAAAUACUGUCAAAAGCUGCAAAUAUUAAUAUGUAAAUUUUGCUGAUUUUUUUCAGAAAUAAUAGGAGCUCUCAUACAAAAAUUGGAAGAGAUGAAAACUUUGCAGUUGUGGCAACUGUUUGAGAUGAACUUUAAUGAAUAUGUUUGUUCCACUCAGCUUUGCUGGGAAUGCUGAGGAGGGGUGGUGACGAGUAAAAAAAGGCUCUUUCUUGGUUGAAAUAACAGCAAUAGCCAGAGCUCCGAGUACCGUAGAAGAGAAAACCUUUGCUAUUAUGACUCUCAUGAACAUUUGUUGACAUCAGCGCAAUGGGCAGAGUUGAGGAAAAAAUGACCUUUUUGUGAACUUUUAAAAAGAAUGCGAAAGAGCAAAGUGUGAGCUUCAAUGCUGUUGUCCAUGAAAGCUCUUAGGGAAGAUGGCUGAUGUAAGCCUGAAGGAAGUGGCACUAAUAGUUGGUGUGGUGGCAGCCUGCUACUGGAACAGUCUAUUCUGCGGCUUUGUUUUUGAUGAUGUUUCAGCAAUUUUGGACAACAAAGAUUUACAUCCUUCUACUCCAUUAAAAAAUCUGUUUCAGAAUGACUUCUGGGGGACUCCAAUGUCUGAGGAAAGGAGUCAUAAAUCUUACCGGCCACUCACAGUUCUCACGUUUCGUUUAAACUACCUGUUCAGCGAGUUGAAUGCAGUUUCUUACCACUUCCUAAAUCUCAUCUUUCAUGGGGUGGUUUGUGUAGUCUUCCUCAAGGUCUGUAAGCUUUUUCUGGACAACAGGAGUAGCGUUGUUGCAUCCUUGCUCUUUGCAGUGCACCCAAUACAUACUGAAGCGGUAACUGGAGUUGUGGGCAGAGCAGAACUUCUAUCAUCCAUCUUUUUUCUAGCUGCCUUUUUAUCAUAUACUAAAUCUAAAGGGCCAGAUAAUACCAUAGUUUGGACUCCAAUUGCAGUGACUGUGUUUCUAGUAGCUGUUGCAACACUGUGUAAAGAGCAAGGAAUAACGGUGGUGGGGAUAUGCUGUGUGUAUGAAGUAUUUAUUGCGCAAGGGUAUACCUUGCCAGUGCUGUUGGACACAGCUGUGCAGAUUCUUCGAGGGAAGGGCAGUAUUCCUUUUUCCAUGCUCCAAACACUGUUGAAGCUCAUAGUACUAAUGUUCAGUACACUGCUUCUUGUUGUUGUCAGAGUCCAGGUUAUCCAGUCUCAACUUCCAGUGUUUACAAGGUUUGAUAACCCAGCUGCUGUAAGUCCAUCUCCAGCAAGGCAGCUGACUUUCAACUACCUCCUCCCUGUAAAUGCUUGGCUUCUUCUCAACCCCUCAGAGUUAUGCUGUGACUGGACAAUGGGAACUAUUCCACUCGUGGAGUCUUUGUUAGAUGUUAGAAAUGUUGCCACCCUUACAUUCUUUUGCUUUCUGGGAUCUUUGGUUGUCUUCAGUCUCCGAUAUCCUGGGGAUUCCUCCAAGACCGUACUGAUGGCACUCUGCUUAAUAGUGCUACCCUUCAUUCCUGCAUCAAAUCUCUUUUUUCCUGUUGGAUUUGUAGUAGCAGAACGUGUGUUAUAUGUUCCUAGCAUGGGAUUCUGCAUUUUAGUAGCACAUGGAUGGAAGAAAUUAUCAAAUAAAAGUGUACUAAGAAAAAUUUCUUGGGUUUGUUUGGCUGUGGUACUAUUCACGCACGCCUUAAAAACACUGCACAGAAACUGGGACUGGGAAUCAGAAUACACAUUGUUUAUGUCAGCUUUAAAGGUGAAUAAGAACAACGCAAAACUAUGGAACAAUGUGGGGCAUGCCUUAGAAAAUGAAAAGAAUUUUGAAAGAGCUUUGCAAUUCUUCAUACAAGCCACCCAAGUGCAACCAGAUGAUAUUGGUGCCCACAUGAAUGUAGGAAGAACUUACAAAAACUUAAACAAAACUAAAGAAGCCGAAGAAUCAUAUAUGAUUGCUAAAUCAUUGAUGCCACAGAUUAUUCCAGGUAAAAAGUAUGCAGCAAGAGUUGCUCCUAACCACCUGAAUGUUUAUAUUAAUCUUGCAAACUUAAUUAGAGCAAAUGAAUCUCGCCUUGAAGAAGCAGAUCAAUUAUAUCGACAAGCAAUUAGUAUGAGGCCAGAUUUCAAGCAGGCUUACAUCAGCAGGGGAGAAUUACUUUUAAAAAUGAACAAGCCUCUGAAAGCUAAGGAAGCAUACCUUAGAGCUCUAGAACUAGACAGAACCAAUGCAGACCUAUGGUACAACUUGGCAAUUGUUUACAUUGAACUGAAAGAUCCAACAGAAGCCCUGAAGAAUUUUAACCGAGCACUAGAACUCAACCCAACACAUAAACUGGCAUUGUUCAACUCAGCCCUGCUAAUGCAGGAAUCUGGUGAUGCUCGGCUUAGACCUGAAGCUAAACAAAGACUGUUAAAUUAUGUGAAAGAAGAACCACAGGACGCAAAUGGCUACUUCAAUUUGGGUAUGCUGGCAAUGGAUGACAAAAAAGAUGUGGAGGCAGAGGCAUGGAUGAAGAAAGCCAUAAGGUUACAGCCAAACUUCCGAAGUGCUUUGUUCAAUUUGGCGUUGCUUUAUUCUCAGACAUCAAAAGAAUUGAUGGCUUUGCCUGUCCUGGAAGACCUACUGAAAUACUAUCCUGAUCAUACCAAAGGUCUCAUUUUGAAAGGAGAUAUCCUUAUGAACCAAAAGAAGGAUAUAGUUGGAGCAAAAAAGUGCUUUGAAAAAAUUUUGGAACUGGAUCCCAACAAUGUACAAGGAAAACAUAAUCUUUGUGUAGUUUACUUUGAAGAACGAGACUUAAUAAAAGCAGAAAAAUGUUUGGUUGAAACUCUAGCUCUGGCACCUCAUGAGGAGUAUAUUCAACGUCAUCUGAACAUAGUUAGAAGUAAAAUUGCAUCACUUAGUGUUACAGAACAGUCAUCGCUUCUGGCAGAUGGGACUGCAACUACUGCUGCAGAAGAAAAAAAAAAAUCAUUUCAGAAUUUGAAAGAAGUAAAAAAUGAGCAGAAAACCUCCCAAACAACAGCUGAUAACAAUAAAGGGCAAUCAAAAAAUAAGAAACGAACAGAGAAAAACAGUAUGGAAAAAGAGACUCCCAAAAAAUCUUCAAAAGAAAUCAAAGAUAUUGAGAAAAAGAGAGUUGCUGCUUUGAAAAGACUAGAAGAGAUUGAACGUAUAUUAAAUGGUGAAUAGUCUUUAUUAUGUCACAAAAGAGUAAGGGAGGAGUACUAUUUUUAGUUGUUUAAUGUGAUCCAACUGGAAGAUGGUUUCAGUGCUUUUGGAAAUAGAAAAAAUGUUGACUGCAUAUCAUUUGGCAAGCAGUGAAAGUCAUUACAAUGCUUUUUGUGCGAACUACAAAUUUAAAUAUGAUGUGGGGUAUGGAUGGGGAUUGAAGGGUAAUGGGUUGAGAAUAAUCUUAAAUGCAGAAUCUUAAUUGAGAAAAUAGUACCCAAAAAUCAUUGUAAGUCAGGGAUAUUCAGGAAGGCUACUUUCAAGGAAUCCGUGAAAAAAAAUAGUGGUGAACUGAUAGGAUAAGCCGGAUACUGCUGCUUUUCCACAUAAAAAUCUGUUUGGGUUAACAUUUUCUACAUUUCCAUUUUACACAUCAACAGUUUAAAUCUUUCUAGACCUUUGUUUGCUCUACGUGGAAAAGCAUUUUUCUUUGUGUUAUUUGUUUAGAGAGCUUAUCAAAGUCAGUAAAAUGUCACUGGUUGUACUAUGUAUGUGUCAGACCAUAGGAUGAUGCAGCAGCACACUAAAACUUUCAAUUGUGUUCUAAAUAAGGAACGAUAUAAUAAUCUUUUAAUUGUUCUUUACUUACAGUGCUAAUGGUUUGUACUGUUUUACUGAAUAGAAAUCUUAUGGUGCUCGUAA